AUGUUUUGUGUAGCAGAUUCUGAGAUUGGGAGUAAGAAGGAACUAUUCACUCUAAACCAGAAAUAUUCUGAAGUAAAAGCCCCAGAAUUGAUGUCAAGAAGACUAUCAAGGGGUAAUCCACAGGCAUUCGAGUUUCAGGAAGCUUGGGACUAUGAGAGUAAACUAGAAUACCAGGAGAGUUCUAUUGGGCAGAAUGUGAAGAAACCCCAUCUUCAUAAGAGAGUUCUUAGGAAAGAAAUUGUCAUGUAUACAGAAGCUCUCGGAGAAAAAACACAGGAGUGUGGUGCAUUUCAUAGGAACUUGAACCUAAACCAAAAUGUUUUUAGACUUCAAAGAAAUAACACAGAAGAAAGAGCCUUUAAAUGUAGUAUGUGGAGCAAAACCUUCAAAUAUAAUUCAGAUCUAACUAGACAUCAGAGAAGUCACAAUAGGGAAAAGCCUUAUGAAUGUGGUCAGUGUGGGCACGCAAGCCUUAUUCUGUACCAUGGAGUUCACACUGGAAAGAAACCAUUUAAAUGUGACGAAUGUGGGAAAACAUUGGGUCUUAAUUCCCACCUCCUUCUGCAUCAGAGAAUUCAAAAUGGAGAAAAAUCUUUUGGGUGUAGUGAAUGUGGGAAAGCUUUCAGUCGCAGUUCAACCCUUACUCAACAUCAUAUAAUUCAUAUAGGAGGGAAACCUUACAAAUGUCAUGAAAGUGAAAAAGCCUUCAGCCAGAGCACACAAUUAACACAGCAUCAGAGAAUUCACACUGGUGAGAGACCCCAUGAUUGUAAUCAGUGUGGGAAGGCCUUCAGUCAGAGCUCAAGCCUUUUCCUCCAUCACAGGGUUCAUGUCAGAGAGAAGCCCUAUGAAUGUAAUGAGUGCAGCAGAGCCCUUGGUUUUAAUCACCUCAUUGAACACGCAAGGAUUCAUACUGGAGAAAAACCUUAUAUUUGUAAUGAGUGUGGAAAAGCCUUUAGUUGGAGGCCAACACUCAUUCAGCAUCAAAGGAGUCACAUUGGGGAGAAACACUAUCAGUGCAUUGAAUGUGGGGAGGUUUUUUGUCAGAGCUCACAACUCGCCCUAUACAGAGUUCACACUGGAGAAAAACCCUACGGAUGUGGUGAUUGUGGGAAAGCCUGUAGCCGGAGGUCAACCCCCACUCAGCAUCAGAGAAUUCAUACUGGAGAGAAUCCUCAUGAAUGCAGAACAUAUGGUCCAGCCUUUGUCCAUGGCUGCGGCCUUGGGCCACAUGGACAGAUUCACACUGGAGAGAAAUGCUGUGUGGGAUGGGCAUGACAGACCAGCUGUGGUUCAAACUUUGUUCUGCACUGGACAAGUCACGGAGAGAAAUCCUGUAGGUGUAAUGAAUGAGGAAAACCUUUCAGUCCCACCUCACAUCACAGUGAACACCAGAAAACUUGUGCUGGAGAAAAGCCCUCAGUUGGGGCUUAUGAAUGUGAGCUUGCCCUGUUCCAUGUCCACCCCUACGUGGUCCAUUCAAUCUCAUCUUUGCCAUCCUAG